UAUGUGAGAGAGAGAGAGAGAGAGUGAGUGUGUGAAUGUGUGUGUGCAAGAGACGAUGAAAAAGACACACAUCCAAGAACUUUGACGCAAAAUCACACACACCCCACCACCAAAAACCUAAGAAACGACAUCUUAGAAAUCCCAACAGGGAGAGAAAAGAAAACGGAAAAACAAAUGUUAAAAGAAGAAAGAAACCUCCCCCUUCAAGGCUUCAAGCUAAGCUAGCUAAGCUUAUCUGAUAAUCUCUCAUCAUCUCCCUCCUUUGUAUGUGCGAUAGUGUGCGUAUGUCCUCGUGUCUCUAAUCUAGAUCCUUGUUGCCUUGUUGGGUUCAUCGAUCAACUUUAUUUUGUCAUUCAUCUCUAUAAAAAUCCUUAUCUCAAUUUUCUUCUUGGAACCUUAUCUUGUAAAGAAAGUCAAAAUCAAGAAACCACAGCUAAGAUCUCAGCUAGUUGCCGAAAGUAUCUUAAGAAGCGAUCUCAUUAGCUCGCAAUCUAGUUGAACGAGUUUGAGGUGAAGAUCAUGGCAAAUAGGUGGUGGACCGGCCAGGUAGGUUUACCUGGUGUUGAAACAUCUUCAUCAACUGGCUCACCAGUGUUGAAGAAGCCAGAUCUGGGCAUAUCAAUGAACGACAACAGCGGAAGCGGUGGCGGCAGUGGUGGAAGAGAUGAUGAAGAUGAAAGAGAAAACAGCACUGAUGAGCCUAAAGAGGGUGCAGUUGAGGUAGCUACUCGGAGGCCUAGAGGAAGACCUCCUGGUUCCAAGAAUAAGCCAAAACCGCCUAUCUUUGUCACUAGAGAUAGCCCUAAUGCUCUCAGAAGCCAUGUCAUGGAGGUUGCAAACGGUUCUGACAUAGCUGAAAGCAUAGCCCAGUUUGCCAGGAGAAGGCAAAGGGGAGUUUGUGUGCUGAGUGCUAGUGGAACAGUUACUAACGUAACCCUUAGGCAACCUUCCGCACCUGGUGCAGUCAUGGCUUUACAUGGCCGCUUUGAGAUUCUCUCUCUCACCGGAGCUUUCCUCCCCGGUCCAGCCCCUCCCGGGGCUACCGGACUAACUAUAUACCUAGCUGGAGGCCAAGGCCAAGUGGUUGGGGGAAGUGUGGUUGGAUCACUAGUGGCCUCAGGACCAGUGAUGGUGAUUGCUUCAACAUUUUCGAAUGCUACUUAUGAGAGGCUGCCUAUUGAGGAAGAUGAAGAAGGCGGUGGUGCAGCUCAGGGACAACUUGGUGGGAACGGAUCACCGCCGUUGGGGAGUGGUGGGGCGCCGCAGCAAGGUGGUUUGGGUGAUCCGUCCUCUAUGCCUGUGUAUAAUUUGCCACCAAACCUGAUGCCUAAUGGUGGACAGCUGAACCAUGAAGCAUUUGCUUGGGCUCAUGGCCGCCCUCCUUACUAAUUGAGUUGAACCUGGACAAAUCGCGAUUGUACGCUAAUUUAAGUGAAAGGCAUGAUGCUGAAGUGGAGCAAGUGAUCAAUGAGUCUUGAUCAGCGGCGGCUUCUUCAUACCAAAUAUGCAUGUUCAUCCACAGCUCUUAUGUACAAAUACGGUUCCACCAACACAAUUAAUACUUCAUCUGACGGUUUUGGAUUGCUAAAACUAAAUCAUGGUGUGAAGGUUUAAGAAUUUGCAAAUCGAUUAAUUUGAAUGCUGUGCAUAACUGUACGAAUUACUGGCUUUAAGCCGAUUGUUUUGAGCAUAAAAGACAUAUAUACAUAUCUGUGGAGAAUCAUUGUUGUGUCGAUUCGAUCUCUUGUAA